CCAUCAAACAGAUCUGAGAUCAGCUGUUGUCGGUUUUAUAACGCAGUUCAUAGUUUACACCACAGUUGUUAUAUAUCUACGCCUGAUUCCAGGUCAGUAAACUGUAUGCUGCUAUUCCACACUAUCACAUCGCGUGAACCCGACAGAUACUUCCGCCUUGAGGAGGCAUGAUGUCAUAUGUCAGAAGUAACAUUAUGGGUUUAACAACGGUGUUAAGUGUACAGAGUUUGAGAUGUCAAAUGUUUAGAUUGGUGCGUGUCAACAAACCUGUCAGUAAUUCACACGUCUUGAAUAGAAGAGAAGCUCACACAUGCGCAGUGCUUUCACAGAGCAACACACUGUUUAGGAGAUUGUGGACAGCACCACAUGAGUCUCUUAUAAGCAUACGGACACUGUCCACACUACCUCCUCCACCGUCAUCUGGACAGAACAAAUCCAGCGACAAAAAGACUGGCCCAGUGACUUGGAAAUCUCUUGCCAUCACAUUUGCGUUGGGAGGAGGUUUACUUUUGGGGAUGAAGUACUUAAAAAGAGAAAAAGAAGAAAGGAUUGAGAGAGAAAAAACUAAGUCAAUAGGAAGACCAGCACUAGGGGGUCCAUUCUCACUGGUGGACCACAACAAUAAACCCGCAAAGAGUGAAGAUUUCCUUGGCAAGUGGGUGCUGAUCUAUUUUGGAUUCACACACUGUCCAGAUAUUUGUCCCGAUGAGUUGGAGAAAAUGAUCGAGGUCGUAGAUGAGAUUGACAGAAUUAAGACGCUUCCAGAUUUAUCACCAAUUCUCAUUACAAUCGAUCCUGACAGAGACACAACAGAGGCGAUGUCAGCUUAUGUCAAAGAGUUUUCUCCAAAGCUGAUCGGCUUGACAGGCACAACUGCUCAAAUCGAACAGGUGUCCAGAGCAUACAGAGUGUACUACAGCCAGGGCCCUAAAGAUGAAGACAACGACUACAUAGUUGAUCACACCAUCAUAAUGUAUCUGGUGGGACCUGAUGGUCAAUUCUUGGAGUAUUUUGGACAGAACAAAAAACCUUCCGAGAUCUCAGGAUCCAUUGCAUCCCACAUGAGGAAGUACAAACAGGGAAAAUGAUGUGCUAUGAUGCUCUGAGGUGUGGAGAAUCAAGAUGUCUAUUUCUUUCGUCUGUGAAAUGUGUUAUGUUUAUUUAAAGUUUAACUCCCAUUUGCUAAGUCACUUCCAGUUUAACACAUUAACUUGACCAUUGCUUUUUAUUUCUGUAAACAUUAAAGGGAUUCAAAUGACUCAACCUUAAUAAAUUAAAAUGUAUUGUUUAUCAUUUUGGAUUUGCGUUGUAAUAGAUAUUUUUCAGAGAUUGCUCAGUUCGGUGUGGCAUCUCUCUCACCUAUACUUAUUGACCACCACGUCCUUUUAAACCAUCAGUUGUUAUGCUUCAUGAGUAAAAGCUCAUUCACAACGCAAACUGGAAAAAUAAGUGUACUUUUGUAGUAACUUGUAGACCCUCUUACACAACUCUGUUUCAAUUCCUCACAUUUUCCAAUCGCUGUUAUAUCUCAAUUGUUCUGGCGUGUAGAAAUUGGUUUGUGUUUAUCAGUCGCAUUAACGAUCAAACCGCAUUAUUAUAAAGAAGCUUUAUCUGUAAUAAAUGUCUUGUCAGCUAAAGUAAAAACA